AUGGGGGUGUUGUGCUACGCUGAUAACACCCUUGUCACGGCAACUGAGCGGGACUUUCGGGAGGCGGCUCGCCUCGCCGAGGCGGGAGCGGCUCUCAUCGUGGACCGCAUGGAAUUGCUGGGCUUAAGGGGGAUGGUGAUCAAGGUGCAGGCCCAGAUGAAAUAUCUGGGCUUGAUCUUGUACGGUCGAUGGAGCUUCGGGUAUCACUUUGUCCAUCUCGGCUCGAGGCUCAGUUUCGGUUUCGGUCGAGGUUCGGUAGAGGUGCUCGCGGAGGUGUACCGGUUCCGGGUCGAGGUGAGCUACCGCGGCGACUAUAUGGAGGCGAUACGUCUCCACUUGAGUUGCUGGGUCGAGAGGAAAAAGGGCACGCUCACCUUCAGAAUGACGCAGAGGCACAUCCUGGUGGCGACUAUGCGCGGAAACCUCUCGCUGCCGAGCAUCGUCAACGAAAUGCUCGGUAGCGAGACGUGCUGGUCGGAGAUUCGCUUCUUCUGCGAAAACCUCAUGUCGCAGAAGGAUGCCGCGGAGCGGGACCAUGCCGACGCGGGCGGCGCGUGCGUUAUGCCACCCGCAACCUCCGCCCCGUAG